AUCGCUCACCAGGCCUGUUUGUCCUAAUGCAGCCACCAUACGAGCGUGCCGGUCUUCGCGACUCAGACCAGCCGGGCAGGAGAGCAAACAAAGACAUUUCCUUCAGACCUUCUUCAUGAAAGUUUAAUAUCUGACAUAUCCGAACGGGCGGCGAGCAUGUCGGACAGAGGAGAAGUGGAUUUAACCGGAGCCAAACAGAACACCGGCGUCUGGCUGGUUAAAGUGCCGAAAUACUUGUCUCAACAAUGGGCCAAGGCUACAGGAAGAGGAGAAGUUGGAAAACUUCGGAUCGGCAAGAAUCAAGGGAAGGCAGAGGUGUCCUUCACGCUGAAUGAGGAGUUGACCACGAUAGACAGCUCUAGCGGGAAAGCUCCUGUGGUCCGCGCCCCCCGGGAACAUCCCUUCACCAUGCAGACAGUGGGUGGCCAGACUUUGGCUGUCUUUACAGAGACCUCUUCAGGCCAGUCAGACGCUGAAGGCAGCAGCUCAGGUACUGGUACAGGCCCAGAUAAAAUAGCGCUGGAGGGAGUGGUGGUGCAGCGAGCUGAGUGCAGACCAGCCGCCAGCGAAAACUACAUGAGGUUAAAACGGCUGCAGAUUGAGGAGUCUUCGAAACCUCACCGAUUCUCUCAGCAGCUUGACAAAGCGGUUACCACCAAUUACAAACCUGUGGCCAACCACGCCUAUAAUCUGGACUAUGAGAAAAAGAAGAAAGAAGAGGGAAAAAGGGCGCGAGCGGACAAGCAACAGGUGCUGGAUAUGCUCUUCUCUGCAUUUGAGAAGCACCAGUAUUACAACAUAAAAGACCUGGUGGACAUCACCAAACAGCCUGUGAUUUAUCUGAAGGAGAUCCUGCGUGACAUUGGUAUCUACAACGUGAAGGGCACUCACAAGAAUACAUGGGAGCUGAAGCCUGAAUAUAGGCAUUACCAGAAUGAGGAGAAGAGCGACUGAGCUGGGUGAUCAUUUCAUUGAGUGCUGAUCUGUUUGUUGCCUUAUUCCUCGGAACACUAUUACAGGAAUAAGGCUGUUUUACCAUAGAGCUGUGCGUUUGGCCUCUAGGCAUUUACUGGAUGGGCCAAGGUUAGUACAACCAAGUGCAAACAGUUCCUGUUUCUGAGUGCCCUGUGCAGAAGGCCGUGAAAGUCCAUUCAUCAGUCCUCUAGGUUUGAUGAACUGUUUUUAUAAAACAUUAGUGUUUUGUUUGUUGGAUUUGCUAGAAAACUACCAUAUAAAUGUGGCUUUAGUUAUUUUUGAAGAGCAACAUUGGCCAUUUGUAUCAUUUUCCCUGUAAGGUAAGAGAAGUUAAAUGGACAACAGCAAGCAAAAUCUCAGCUAAACCCAUUUGUUUUUACUUAGCAGUGAUUUUAAGAAACUAAAGGCUGUGUUUAAAUAAAUGUUUUGUACUAAAAGUGUGAUGUAAA